AUGUCUUUUCCCGCGCCGUACCAAGACAUUCGUAGCCCCGAAUUUUUCCAGCUCAGCUGGCUCGCGCCGUGGGUGCUGAGCGUCUCGUUCAACCGCCCUCCGGUGAAUGCAUUCCAUACUGCCAUGUGGACCGAGAUGCACAAGAUUUUCGCGCACAUCCGCUCGGAUGGCGACGUGCGUGCUGUGAUCCUAUCUGCAGAAGGCAAGUCGUUCACUGCUGGCCUGGACCUUACCGACCCUGUAUUAACGGAUCUGUACAACGAGAAAUCAGACUCUGCGCGUAUCGCCAUUGCAUUGCGCGAAUUGAUCGACCGCUUCCAGCAAGCCAUCACAUCCAUAGAACAGUGUGAACGUCCUGUGAUUGGUGUCUCGCACGGGUACGCAAUUGGCCUCGCGAUCGAUAUCCUGAGCACAACCGAUAUUCGGUACGCGGCCAAAGACUGCAAGUUUUCUAUCCGCGAGGCUGCGAUUGGUUUGGCCGCCGAUAUCGGCACCUUGCAGCGCUUUCCCAAAAUUAUAGGCAACGACUCCACCGUGCGCGAGCUUGCACUCACUGCGCGCUUCUUUGACGCGGAAGAGGCGUUGCAAAUUGGCUUCGUCAGCAAGGUCCUCGACUCGCGCCAAUCUGCGCUCGACGCCGCGUUGGCGACCGCAAACGAGAUUGCCGCACACUCGCCAGUCGCCAUCACAGGCACCAAGCAGGCGUUGGUCUACAGCAGGGACCACAGUGUCGCCGAGGGCCUGCGUUUCAUGCAGUACCUGAAUGCCGGGUUCUUGCAGACCGACGACAUGGCUGCCGCCGUCGCUGCGGCCAUGUCGAAGCAGAAGGCAGAGUAUGCGAAGUUGUAG